UCUCGCAUACACGGUAGAUUAACUCCUAAAACCCUAAUUGGUGCAGUAUACCUCCACCUCCAGUGCGAUUUCCAUUUUCGCCUGCUUCAGCCUCAAAUCAGACACCUAAAACCCUCUGCAUCUAAGAGCUUCCAAUCACAACACUUUCGGUUCUCUCCCACCGAGAUCUAAUGGCUGCCCCUAAUGAGCCGACGGUUUUGGACAAGGAACAGAUUUUUGGUAUGGCAGAGAAGGAGAUGGAAUACAGGGUUGAGUUGUUCAACAAGCUUACCCACACAUGUUUCAACAAGUGCAUCGAGAAGAAGUACAAGGAGUCUGAGCUAAAUAUGGGUGAAAACAGUUGCAUUGAUCGGUGCGUGUCAAAAUACUGGCAUGUGACUAAUCUAGUCGGCCAGCUGCUUGGUUCUGGUAGGCCUCCUAUGUAAAAUGUUGUCUAGUCCUGUUAGAGAGCUGCUGUUCCUCAAAUGGAUGCUUGGAUGGAUCUCCGGUGAUGUGGAGAUUGUAAUUGUUCGCAUUGUUGUGCCCUUUUGUUUUUCCCCAUUUUGUUGGUCGACGGAAGAAUUAGGGACAGUUUUAUCAUCCGUCGCCCUAUGUUCAAGACCAUAGUAGAAUUGGGCAUUCAUAAUGAAGAGUUCUUAAUUAUUUUGUUUUCUUGAAUAAUUGCCAUUGUUUUCGAUGGUUUGGUUACACCUUAAAAUGUUGGAAUGCUUGUACCUUUUCGGCAGCUUUGUUAAGGAAAAGUUACGAGGAUUUUCGA